AUGCGAGUUCCUGAUGACUUAUCCACUUCAGCUGUACACAAUACAAUACCUAUUGGUACUUUUUCUACUCAUCCAAGUGGUCAUAUUCGAAAAUAUCCAUCCAGUGGUUAUGCUACUCCAGGUGCCAGUUCUGUCAUCAGUAAUGGGUCUGCAGAUCGAAUAGGAUGUUUCACGGCGGUUAGGAUGACAGCUUUAGCGAAACUAAAUCGUUAUUUUCGAAGGCUUGUCCGCUUCCGACAAAUGGAUUUUGAAUUUGCAUUAUGGCAGAUGAUAUAUUUACUAGUGAAACCACAAAAAGUGUAUCGAAAUUUCAUGUAUCGAAAAAGAACAAAAGAUCAGUGGGCACGCGAUGAUCCAGCUUUUCUUGUACUCCUUUCUGCGGCACUUGCAGUAUCAAGCAUUUUAUUUGCUUGGACUAUCCAACUUUCAUUUACUGGUUUUAUUGCAUUUUUCCUUUGGGUGGUUUUCAUUGACUGUAUCGGUGUUGGAAUUAUUGUCGCUACUCUCCUAUGGUUUGCUUCCAAUCGUUUCUUACGAAGAGUCGGAGAUCAAGAUGUUGAAUGGGCUUACUGCUUUGAUGUGCAUCUUAACGCAUUUUUUCCUAUGCUUAUGCUUCUGCAUGUUCUUUUACCACUCACAUUUCCACAUGUGAUUGGUUUCGAUGCCUUUUUGCCACGAUUAUUUGGUAAUACGAUUUGGUUUGUGGCCGUAGUUUAUUACAUAUACAUCACGUUUUUGGGCUAUACUGCUCUUCCAAUAUUAAAAAAUACCCAUAUAUUUCUUUAUCCUAUUACAUUUCUGUUCAUAUUUUAUGUGGCAACUGUCACGGCCGGUUGGAAUAUUUCACAAACAGCGAUGGACUUUUACCAUAUAAGAGCUGAAAAUAGGUAUGCAUGA